AAACAAACCAACACACACACACACACACACACACUCACUCCUCUCCUACUCUCUCAUCGUCCUCACCCCCCCUUAAUUACCUUCCUAUUUUUCAUUUAAGGAAAAUAAAAUCUCCUGCGUUAUACGAUUUCCAAAUUCUCUCACAUUCCAUCGUAACUCCUCACCUAAUAGUAAUACCGCUGAAUACUCUGCGUAACGCCUCCAAUUUUUUGAUCGAGAAACGCAGGAGGAGAUCGCUCGCUGCUGUCGGUUAUCGAAGGAUCAAUGGCGUUGGAAGCGGCGGUAACGGCGACGCCGGCGUCUCUGUACGUCGGAGACUUGCAUCCCGACGUGACCGAAGGUAUGUUGUACGAGGCUUUCAACGAGUUCAAGACCCUGGCCUCCGUCCGCGUCUGCCUUGAUUCCUCCACCGGCCGCUCGCUCUGUUAUGGCUACGUCAACUUCGUUUCGCCUCAAGAUGCCAUUCGUGCUAUUGAAUUGAAAAAUCAUUCCACAUUGAAUGGAAAAGUGAUAAGGGUUAUGUGGUCGCACCGUGAUCCGGAUGCACGAAAAAGUGGAGUUGGAAAUGUCUUUGUCAAGAAUUUGAGCGAUUCAGUAGAUAGCGUUAAGCUUCAAGAAAUGUUUCAGAAGUUUGGUGAUAUAUUAUCUUGUAAAGUAGUCACUUCUGAUGACGGGAAAAGCAGAGGAUAUGGCUUUGUCCAGUUUGAGUCUGAAGCCUCUGCAAAAGCGGCCAUUGAGAAGCUCAAUGGCUCAGCUGAUGGAGGAAAACAGAUGUAUGUAGGUAAAUUUGUCAAAAAAAGUGAGCGAGCUCUUCCUUGUCAUGAGGUGAAGUAUACAAACCUAUAUGUGAAGAAUCUAGAUACAGGUAUAUCUGAGGAAGUUCUUAAGGAAAAGUUCUCUCAAUAUGGAAAAAUUGUGAGCUUAGUCAUCUCAAAAGAUGAGAAUGGUGCAUCGAGAGGGUUUGGGUUUGUUAAUUUUGACAAAGCAGAAGACGCCAAAUCUGCAGUAGAAGCUUUGAAUGGAUCACAACUUGGCUCAAAGGUUUUAUAUGUUGCUCGGGCACAAAAGAAAUCUGAACGUGAGGAAAUGUUACGCCGCCAGUUUGAGGAGAAAAGGAAGGAACAGAUCCUGAAAUACCAGGCUGCAAAUGUGUAUGUGAAGAAUAUUGAUGAUGAAAUCUCUGAUGAUGAGCUAAGACUGCAUUUUAGUCAGUGUGGCACGAUUACCUCUGCAAAGAUAAUGAGAGAUGAUAAAGGAUUAAGCAAAGGGUUUGGAUUUGUUUGCUUCUCAACACCCGAAGAGGCAAAUAAAGCUGUGUAUACUUUCCACGGGUUGAUUCUGCGAAGGAAGCCAUUAUAUGUGGCAAUUGCUCAGAGAAAAGAGGAUAGACAAGUACAGUUGCAAGUUAUAUAUGCUCAGCGUAUGGCAGGAUUAUCAGGACCACCAUCACCUGUUAUUCAGGGCGGAUACUCUCAUCUUUAUUAUCCAGCCCCUGGAGUUGUUCCACAGAUACCUGCACAGCCUAGUCUGAUGUAUCAGCAACCAGGAAUCAGGCCGGGAUGGAGGGCUAAUGGCAUUCCAAAUCCUUCUAGACCUGUUCUUCAUCCAUCUCCUGUCACCAUGGCUCCCAACAAUUCAAGGCAAAGACAAAGAGGAAGGAUGAACGGGAAUGUUCUACCACAGUCUGCUGGUCUUACAUACCCAUCACAUUUGCAACGGCCAAUUCACUCUGUGGCUUCAUCUAAAGAUUCAAACAAUCAGCAGCCUAUUUUGAUGUCUGCUGGAGUUGGUGGUAAGGGGUCCGAAAUGUUAAGUAGCUUGCUCGCUGCAGCUCCUCCAGAGAAGCAGAAACAUAUUCUCGGGGUGCGCCUUUUCCCACUGGUUUCUCAUCACCAGCCGGAGCUAGCAGGAAAGAUAACAGGCAUGCUUCUGGAGAUGGACAACAGUGAACUACUAGUUUUGUUGGAUUCUCCAGAGUCACUAGCCCGCAAGGUUGAAGAGGCUGUUCAGGUUCUCAAACUAACAAAGGCCAAAGUGUCCAAUCCAGAUGCUCUGCGUUCAAAUUACCUCUCUGCUGGAGUUGCUGUCAACUGAAGGAUGAUUUUCAUUCUGUUUUCAUAUUUUUCCAACUUCUCGACGCUGAGUUUGGUAGUGACUAUACCUGUUAUUUCCCUUGACAUCACAGCUAUUGCCGUUUACACUCUACAUCAAAACUAGAUACUACAUCUGCAGGCUAUGCUUUACGUCCAUCUUCUAUUCAAACACUGAGGAUAUGUUUAUUAGAGUUAACCGAGCUUUACUUCCAUCUAUUCUAUUCAAACAUGAUAUAUAUGUUUAUUGUACUA